AUUGAAAAAUGCCUUAAUAAUUCACUUACUAUGAAAUAGAGAAAGUAUUUUAACUUGAUUUCUUCGCUCUUAUUAUUUCUCAAGUCGAUGAUUUAUCGAAAAUAAUUUCUCCUACACACCGCCAACGGAAACCCCACGCGUGCCGGUGUGAGAUUAGUGGGUAUUUAAUUAAUAUUUUUUUCUAAACAAAAAAGUAACCGAACCAAACCUUUAAUAAGUCCGGGUCGGCGGCAAUUGUCCUAACUUCCCUCAAUACGAAAAAGGGCAAAGCAGAGCAGCUAGGGUUUAUGCAAUUACAGAUACUCUCGGCCUUCAAUUUCUCCGGUAUAUUCCUAGUGUUAGAGAAAGAAUAGGAACCAAAUGGAUUAUGAUGUAGCUGAACAAAACGUUGCCGUUUACGGCGAUAACCCAGAAGAGCAGGAAAGGAACGGUGGUAGUGCAGGCAAUGAAUUAAAGCAUUCAAACGAUGAUUCUUUUGCAGGAAAGCUUUUCGUUGGAGGCAUUGCUUGGGAGACCGGAGAAGAAUCUUUUAGGAAGUAUUUCAGCAGGUUUGGAGAGAUAGCAGAUUGUGUAAUAAUGAUGGAUAAGGUCUCUGGAAGGCCACGGGGAUUCGGAUUUGUAACAUUUGCAGACCCAGAAGUUGCAAAUAAGGUUUUAGAGGAAGACCACGUCAUAGAUGGUAGAACGGUGGAAGUGAAGAGGACAGUACCUAAGGAGGACAUGCAAGUUAAAGGAGCUCCAAAAACAAAGAAAAUUUUUGUCGGCGGUCUUCCAGUUUCUUUAACUGAAGAUGACUUGAAGGAAUAUUUUUCUUCUUAUGGCCAUGUUGUGGAGCACCAAAUCAUGCUGGAUCGUGAGACUGGUCGAUCCCGAGGCUUUGGCUUCGUGACUUUUGCUAGUGAAAAUGCUGUUGAAGAAGUUUUAAACAGUGGCCGUAUGCAUGAAAUCCAUGGCAAACAAGUUGAAAUUAAGAAGGCUGAGCCAAAAAGAGCUGGUGCUGAACAUGCAAGUGAGAGCAGGCAGCAUCGUGGUGGGAGUGGUUCGAGAUCGUAUAAUGGCUUUGGUGGAUCUGAAGGAGGGUAUGUGGCCGGAUAUGGUAGAGGGUCGUAUGGUGGAUAUGGCGGAUAUGGUGGCGGUGGUGGAUAUGGUGGUUAUGGAAACAUUGGAGGAAGUUAUGGCGGGGGUGGUGCAGGAUAUUUCGCUGGCUAUGGUGGAUAUGGUUAUGGAUUUGGGUUUAGUGGGCCUAUGUAUGGGGCAGCUGGAUACGGUGGCGCUAGCUAUGGUGCUCCUGGUAGCUAUGGUGGUCCUGCUGGGUAUGCUGGCGGUAGAGGAUAUACAAGCGGUGAUGAUGGUAGCUGGUAUGGUGGUUCUAAAGGCUCUUCAUCUUUCAAUGCUAAAGGGUAUGACUCUGGUGGCAGCACUGGAGGUGCUAAAGCAUAUGGUAAUGGUGCUGCUGCAGGCGGAAGGUUUCACCCUUACCGGAAUUGAGACCUUCCUGACUAGUCUAAUGUUGCAAUUGUUUUGUUGACUACUCUUGGCUGGCUCAACUAGAUGUAAAAUCUUUGCUACUGUGUUUUUCUUUGUGGUGGUUGUUGAUUCAGUUAGAUGUAAUCUGCUUAUUUUUUGAGUAAACCAUCUGUAGAUUGUAUUAGCAUACUGGUCAGAGUCUCUUGGCUCAAGUUAUUUUACCCGUUCUGUUUUAAGGUAGGGGAAAAAGUUACAAACUUUGUAGUACUAGUCUGAAAUUUGGAUACGGUUGCUUCUGCGUA